CGAACCAUUAUGCAUGAAUUCAAUUGAAUGAACUGGUCAUUGGUAAAAUCCUGCAUCUGCUGGCCAUCAACAUCUGUCCCGGUCGCUUAUCCCCGCGAUGCCCGUCACUCCUUCCAUGCAGCCGGCCGCAUCAGCACCAAUGACUGACUCAUGGAUUCCCAGGCAAACCCGGUGUGUGUAUGCCCAACCUGCACACCUGGCCGAUGGUUGGUGAUUGAAGCCAUACCGCUGCAGGAUCUCCGCUGCUGGUUCAACGGAGGGUGUCUAGCCUUGCGAAGCGGAGAACUGUUCAUUGAGGAUGGAGGGGGCCGUCGCACAUCCUCGUCCUCCUCGGAGUUGUCCGUGGAUAGGCGACGAUGCGGCUCUUGGGUCACCCUCGAUGAUGUCUGGUCUAUAUCAACGUGGCAGAUUUCUCCGGGGGAAGGCAUCCCCAGACAGCUCCCACUGGCGUUUCCGGAAGGGCAAGGACCGAGUCAGACAGCAAGUACACCCCCCCUCCCCCCAAGCGACGCGAUGACCGGACCCAGUUAUGUUGACAUCUGUUGCCUCGGGCCCGGGGAGAACACCGUCGACCUGAAGGCGGUUGUUACCCAGGAACUGGACGUCAACAUUCUCACACGCAGCGGGUUUCAGGUGCUGCCGGGGCUGGAAGUCCAGCGCCAGGAAGUCGCCCAAACAUUCUACGAUUCGGCUGGGGUUCCAUACGCGGUGCGCGAUAUGGCCCUGCUUUACAUUUGGAAAAAGGGCGAAGCCAAAAUCCAGAAACACGACUUUUAUGUUUCGACUGAGGAGGCGCCAGGUUCGCACCACCAAUGCCAUGUGAUUCUGGGGACUCAAUGCAUCGUGGGCCGCGUCCGCGAUGACAAGGGCCUCCGGAUUGCGGUGACUCAGCUCAAACCGCAGAAUCCCAGUGAGUCAUGGAUGAUGUCCCACCCAGCACUGUAUAUUAUGACUAACUACUGGAUAGGUGAAAAGGCCAGUCAGGAACAAAGGAAGCGGGACAAAGAAAUCGCGUUGGCCAAGAAGGAACAGGAGAGACGCGACCGGGAGAAGCAGCAGGCGGCUCAGAAGAAAUAGAAAGGAUAUGAUACUGUACGGC